AUGGUCGCUACAUUCAUCGUCGCCUUCUCGGCGGUUUUCGGCAUGGCGGAGGCCAUCCGACACACGCAGUCGCAGGCCCGCAGGAAAGAGCAUCGCAGUCGGAAGAAUAAUCUCAUAAUCCGAUGCCGCAAAUCAACGUGUCACUCCCCAGAUAUCCACGGGAAGCACGUAGUCCUCUCCGGAGACAAGCUCUUCGUCGACACCGGCACCGACCCAGACUCGGCGUUUGGCCACCAGUUUGCGGGCUACUUCCUGCCGUACCCGGACAGCCAAUACGCCGGUCUCGUCUCGACCAUCUGCGACGAGCCGCCCAUCAUGAACUGGAUCUACGUGGACCGGGACACGUACGAGGUCAAGUUUGGGACCCGGCCGUACGCCCAGCCCAACUACACGGGCCCGUUCGACUGCACCAGGCAAGACAAGCGACUCACCUUUGCCAGCUGGGAAGGGUUUUGCGUCGUCAAAACAGGCAAUUUCUGGGCGCUCUACUUUGACGUUGAGCAGGAUGGGCUCAAGUCGAAGCUGCCAGAGGGCGUGACCGCCCUCGAGGUGGAUCUCCUGCGCGUCGAGGUACCUGUGAAACCGGUCAAGCCGGAGGAAGAAGAGCAAGCGGAGGGCAAGGAUUCCGGUCAAGAGGGCAAAGAGAACGGCAACAGUGACAAUGGCAACAACAGCGGCGGCGCUCACACAGCAGCAAAUGAGGUGGAGCUGGAGUCUCCCGAGGUUGACUAA